AAUGGAAGCUAACGGUUAGCCUUUCUCCUCAGAGGUACGUUCAUCGAGUUCCGGAACGGGAUGCUGAACGUCUCUCCGAUCGGACGCAGCUGCAGCCAGGAGGAGCGCCAGGAGUUCUACGAGCUGGACCAGAGAGAAAAGAUCCGGGAGAAGUUUGUUUCUGUGCUGAAGGAGGAGUUCAGAGGGAAGGGGCUGUCGUUUUCCAUCGGAGGACAGAUCAGCUUCGACGUUUUCCCUGACGGCUGGGACAAGCGCUACUGCCUGGACAUCGUGGACAAGGACAACUACUCCACCAUCCACUUCUUUGGAGACAAAACCAAACCGGGAGGAAACGACUUUGAGAUCUACAGCGACCCGCGGACCGUUGGCCACGAGGUGUCGAGUCCCGAGGAGACGCAGCGCCUCUGCCAGGAACUCUUCUUCUCCUGAAGGGGGCGCUGCAGCCUCAACUGGACCGUCUGGACCUGGACGCCGGCUGAGAACACGCACAAGAUUUUAGCUUUUUUUUAUUUCUCUGGUCCGGUUCGGAGGUCGGGACCAGCUGGGAAACCUGGUCUGAUGUUCCUGAACUGUAAAAGCUGGAAACUCAAUAAAACGGAAAAUGAUG